UUAGUGUGCAGCGGUGACUAACGUUGCCUUCAGUGUGAAUUAAAAUAGACUAACCCUGCAGCAAAGCAAGCUCACAGUGGCACAGGGGAGGGAGAGAGAGCAAGACGUGCGCUGCUCGUGUACAAACCCCAAACUUAACAUGCGCAAACGCAGUCGGGCAAAUCAAACGCACAAAUGCGUAGUGACAAACAAACAGCUGUAGUGUCAAAAUUGAUUUCGCGAUUGCGCGUCUGGUCCUGCCAUCCUGGAACAGAAACCGGGUGACCCAAAGGGGCGCUGAGGGGGGGAAGUGGUGCGAGUAAAAAAAAAAAAAAAACGUUUUAAUCAAGUCGGCGCAACUUUAACUAUUCCGGGGAGAAAAAAAUGAGUCACGUUAGGUGGUGGUGAUGCGCGUCGAGCUUGGAGGAGGAGAGCGGGAGGCGGGGACAGCGCGGAGGCUGCUUCGGUUAUUGGUUUGUCAGAAGGUGCGGACAGCUCAGCAGCUGCAUCUUCAUCCUCGAGAAGAAGAGGAGGGGCGGGGGGGAGGGAAACAGCUGUUGAGGGAGUUCACAAAGACGAGGUGCUUAGUUGUUUUUGAUUUGCAAACUGCAGAUUGUCUCUCCGGGGAAGCAGGUUACUGGAGGAAGGGAGGGCAAAGGCGUUAACAGGAAGAAAAAAAAAGCGCACGGAGCGACGAGAGUGGAAGUGGCCAACGGAGCGAUGUUUGGCAUGAUCAGAAAUUCGCUCUUUGGGAAUUCAGAGGAGACCGAGUACAAAGUGCUCAGCACCGAGACUAAGAACGGAGUGGGCUUUGAGGUGAGACGGUACGAUGCAGCAAAGUACGCUGCCGUCUACUCGGAAGGAAGGACCUAUGAGCAAGUAAUCGGGGAGCUGGUGCGGAAACUGCUGACGUACAUCGGUGGAAACAAUGAGCAAGGUGAAGCCAUGGGGAUCGCGUUUCCCAUCAUCAUCACGGUGUACCCACGGAACGAUGGCGUUUUCUCCCGACGUCUGGCGGUGGGCAUCCGGAUCCCCAACGCCUACCAACAAGACCCCCCAGCUCCCACCGACAGCACCAUCAGGGUGGAGGAGCGGCCCGGCAUGACUGUAUAUGCGCUACAGUUUGGCGGCUUCGCCGGGGAGAGCGAGUAUCGGGCCGAGGCCGCCCGCCUGACGCGCGCCCUGGGCGAGACCACGCCCUUUCAGCGCAAGCAGUACUUCUGCUGCAGCUACGAUCCUCCGCUCAAGCCUUACGGACGUAGAAAUGAAGUUUGGCUUCUACAGGAGGACCCAUGAAAGGCCACUCAGGCCCAUCAAAGCUUGGUCCUCCAAAAAAGGAAAAAAUUCAAUCUUCACCUCUGUUAGUCCUACAGCUGUAAACAGAGAAUGGGUUCAAAAUAAAGCUGGAAGAAGCGAGAUUUUCUGUUUCUACGCUUACAAAAAAAACUGUAUUUAUCAUAAGAAUGACCAAAAGAAAGGAAAGAAAAAAAUAUUGGAAACAAAAUUAGCUUCCACUAACAUAUAUAUAAAUAUAUAGUUUGAGACUUGCAUUUGAAGGUGAUAAAUCCCAACAGAGUUCCCAUGUCUUUGAGUACUAACUUGCACAUCUUUAAAUAACAUUAACAACUAGCAACAUAAAGAAAGGUUGUUGCAAAAGCAACCUUCUUCUAUCUGGUUUAGACAGUGUAAAGUUAAACCAUUAAGUGGAAUUAAACCUUUUGAAUCAGAGGAAUGGCAGCUGUGAGGAGACCUUUGGUUGUUUGUGCUACGAUUAUACAAUACUUUGUUAUAUUUGUCUAAGAAUAUUCUGUGUUUUCAGGAGAGUUUUGUGUUUUAGUGCAUGACAUACAAGCUAAUUUUUACUUCGUGAAACUCUACAAACUGUUUUGUGACCCAUCUGUGCAUGUAAGGGUUUUGUGGUCGGUAUGAAUUUCAUUUUUAAGGCUCGAGAGUGUUUUAUUGCAUAAAUAAAAACAUUAUUCAGUUAUA